CGGAGAUAAUGGGAGGAUGGAAAGCCUAAAGUUUCUUACAGUUUUGCAAGUCUCAGACAGUGCAUUCCCCACAGGUGGUUUCUCACACAGUGGAGGUUUGGAAGUUGCCUUGAAGUAUAACUAUGUUACUACAUCAGAAAAAUUGGAACAAUUCUUGGUGUGCUCACUUGAAAAUGCAGGAUCCUUCAGUUUGCCAUUUUUGACAGCUGCUUUCAAGAACUGCUUUGAUGUUGUCAAAGUGAGAAGUCUUGAUCACCUGAUAGAUGUGUCGACAACGAAUCAUGUGGCAAAACGUGCUUCAGUUAGACAGGGGAGAUCACUAUUGGAGAUGUGUCACAGAACAUUGGAUAGGAACAAUCUGUCCAGCCUGUGGGAAGGACUGAGUCAUUGUCACCAGCCUGUUGUAUUAGGUUCAGUGUGUGGGGUGAUUGGGCUGCCACUACAGGCUACUCAGACUAUGUUCAUGUUCGGCAUCCUGAGAACAGUGGUGGCCAGUGCAGUGCGCCUUGACAUAAUUGGACCAGUACAGGCUCAGCUGAUCCAGCAUAAGAUCCAGGCUCUGAUUCCAGCUAUAAUAGCCAGGAAUGAAGACAAGGAGCCUGAUGCUGCUGCUUUAGCUUUCCCUCAUGUUGAUGUUGUUCAAAACUGUCAAGACACACUGUACUCAAAACUGUUCUACUCAUGAUUCAAACCCUUACAGUUGCUCAUUUAAACAUCUACCAUGAGUACUUAGACCACGCAUAAGAACUCUUUACUGGAUCUCAAGCUACAGAACAUCACAGGAAGUCUUACAUUUUGCUUUCGUAAACAGCUUUAGAUUGUCUGAUUCAAGGUUUAUAACACUGUUUAUCUCGAAAUAUUGUACCGAGGAAUGUCCAAGCCAAAAAUUUGGAUAAAAAAAGCUUUGAAUAGUCUAAUCUGCUCAUACCUGUAAAUAAUUGGAGUUUUGGAGGCUUUAAUGCGAGUCAUAUAUGGUUAGAGUAUGUUUUGGUUUGGAAGAUACCCCGUGGAAAAUUCAUGUUAAAAUAGAAUGGAAUUGAAUGUCAAUUGGGUGGAAAAAAGCUGGUUGUAAGAUCUGCAAUUCGUUAAACAUUUUGCACAUAGUUGUAGAAAGAGGUUAUAUGAUGAAGUACUGCGUUUUGAUGGAAAUGUUAUGUUUCCAUUCACAUAAUGUUCAAUUCACUUGUCAUAAACAGCCAAAAAUACUUAAAAUGCUGAGACUGUUUGAUAUGUCAGAUUUCAGUGCUGCCAUAUACACCUGUCUGUGGAAACAAUGAAGCAGAGAAAAUCAAACAAGGUGGUAUUUUACAUCACACAUAUGUGCAAUACUCUCACUGAAUGUGAUCAAGUCAUUGUGUUAUACACAUUAUUCUGUACAUAUAGGUCUAAGAAUCUCAAAUCACAGAUGUAUUAUUAUCAUUUAAUACUACAUCUGUAUACAGUGGUAAAUAUGUGCAAGUUCAGGCUGGUUAACCAUGACACUUGUUGCUACAAAUGUACUCUAGCAAAUUCAGUUUGUUAUGAUUAUUAAAGUCAAUACACGAAAUACCUUCCGUACUUGAUCUAUUAUGUCAUGCAGAUUUGUUUUUGUUUUCUGUGGGAGUAACUUGGCCUUAUAUUAAUUCCAGUUCUACGUGUAUUGCCAUUUCUUGUACCAGGAAGAUUGUAAUGCAAGCUCAUCUGCCAUGUGUAAAGUGCUGUCUUGCUGCAUGCCAAAAACCAGUCACAGAAUGCUGACCCCAAACCGAUAAUCUUGCUUUCCCAUAAACAAUGACCAACAAGUUUAUGUUAUUGAUUAGAUUGGUGUUUUAACAAUAUACUCAAGAUUAGGUCUAGUUUGUAAGUGGAAGAAACCGGAGUGCCUAAAGUAAACCACUAACAUUCACCAAGUGCCUGACAAACCUCCUGACGUACAGCUGUAACUGAAACGAGAGCUGGAGUUGAACAUUUGACCUCAUUGGUCAAGGGCCUGAUGUGUCAUUGAGUAAACACUUUGAUAUCUGUCAAAUCAUUGAAACAAAUACAACUAACAACUUGAGUACAGCUUAUUUGUCAAGUACAUGUUUAAGUAUAUUCCAUUUUUGUAUGUGAUAUCCUUGACAUGCUUACAUAUAUUACACAAACCUUUUUGGCACUGUUUGACUUUUUUAUAGUACCCGUGGCCUAGCUUUACCCGAGGAUAAAUAUAGCAUGAUUCUCCAUUACCGUCAUACACGUGGAAUUGCCCGCGACAUGAAUCUUAAAUGCUGUGUCAAACAAUGAAAUGCAACUAAACAUAGGAUGCUGUAUGGUACUGAGGAUGUUUACACAACUAUAUUCCCCAUCUGCGUUGAUACCGGUAAGAAUGCAAUAACCGUACAGGCCUAUAUUUUGGGUACUGUUUUGACUCCAUUAAUAAUGCAAGCAGCAUUUGAAAUACAGGAACCUGUCACUGCCUGGACUCUGUACACCAUUUUUUUCCAAUGCUGUUGUAUUUGCCUGAUGAGCUUUCCGAAAAGCUUAGUUUCAGUCCACUGUUUAUUUGUCGAAAUUUCAGUAUUAACUUAACUCUUGUGUUAGAGGUUAGAAUAGGAUCACAUGAUGUAAACCAUCCAAUGAUAUUUUGUGUAUGGAUUCUCACUGUCUCCCAGGCAUUUCAGUCAUUUGAUUGGGAACUGGGUCACCAAACUGUUUUACCAGAGAAUCAAGCUAUACUUAUCAGCUGGCAAUCAAGUAAAGUAUGAUGACAUACAUAUAUACCACUGAUAUUAUGAGCAUAUUUUUUUCCAUUACUGGUUGUAAAAUACAGGAGAUUUUGACAUAAACAUAUUACUAAACAUGAAUGUGUGUAACAAAUUCUCUACUCAACUCACCUACAACAAUAUAAAUUAUUGCAAUUAGUUACCAGUGGUCUUGCCACCUGUCCUUCAUUCUCAUCAAUGAAGCCCAGGUACACGUAUAAGAUACAUUCCAUCCUAAUAUUCGAGGUUAUGCUCAAAGGCCACAUUACAAUACAGGACUGGCAUACAUAAAAAUUGCAUAAGACACAGAUCAAGCAAGUUUCAUAAUCAACUGCAUUGAAUAAAUGACUUGUCAUUCAAUACAAUUUAGAAUUACAAGAAAGGUUUUUCUUACUUAAAAUGCACUCACCACAUGUGCAC